AUGUCUUAUAAAACAAGAAAAAACCAUUUGUCGACACAAAUCCCAACUCCUGUAUCAAGUCAACUUGAGAAUAAUAACAUUUAUCAAAGAAGACCUGAUAAAAGAAACAAUAAUAACUCUAUUAGACCAAAAAAUACCAAACCAAAUGAUACUGUUUAUUCAUUAAAACCAUCACCAGCUUUGACUGUUAGAGAGGGCACCUCUAUUGUCGAAGCAUCACAACUUAUGGCUGCAAAACGUGCUGAUUGUGUUUUGGUGAUUGAUGACGAAGAAGCUUUAUCGGGAAUAUUUACUGCCAAGGAUUUGGCUUUCAGAGUGGUAGGCGAUGGCUUAAACCCAAGAACAACAGUUGUAAGGCAAAUCAUGACAAAAGAUCCAAUGUGUGUCAGAGAUAACACAUCAGCUAAUAAUGCUCUCAGUACAAUGGUUACACGAAGCUUUAGACAUCUUCCUGUGUGUAACGAAGAGGGCGAUGUAGUAGGACUUUUAGAUAUCACAAAAUGUUUGUAUGAAGCUUUAGAAAAAUUAGAGCAUGCUUAUGGAUCUUCUAAAAAACUUUACGAUGCUCUUGAAAAUGUUGAAAGAGAAUGGUCUAAUCAAUCAACCUCGGUUUUGCAAUAUAUGUCAAUUUUAAAAGAGAAAAUGUCAUGUCCUGAUCUGGCCACCGUGCUGGAUGGCUCUUCACCCGUACAAGUCGGGACUAGAAAUUCUGUUAGAGAUGCAGCUAGAUUAAUGAGAGAAUAUAGGACAACUGCCGUUUUGGUAAUGGAUCGUAAUAUGAUUGCAGGUAUUUUUACAAGUAAAGAUAUUGUCCUGAGGGUAAUAGCUGCAGGUUUAGAUCCUUCUACAUGUAGCAUUGCUAGGGUAAUGACUCCUCAUCCUGAUAUUGCUUCUCCACAUACUAGUAUCUUGGAUGCGUUAAAAAAGAUGUAUGAUGGUCAUUAUUUGAAUUUACCGGUGGUUGAAAAUGGCAUGAUUUUAGGGAUGGUUGAUGUAUUAAAAUUAACUUAUGUUAUAAUGGAACAGGUAGUUUUAAAUUAA